AACAGCAGAUGCGCAGCAUCUGGGCGUCUGUGUCCGAGGCCCCGCCCUCGUGAUGAUGCAACAAUUACUUCGCGCAUGCUCACAGUCUACAGGCGGGCGGCGUGCUCGCUUCCCCAGUACAUCUGCUCCGGGAUCGGCUAAGGGUUCCCGCCUCCUGGGUGCGGAGCCGGGGGUCGAGAUCGCUGUCUGCGGGCCGAAGAUAUCACUUUCGCAUCGUUACACCUGCGGUGAGAGAUUUAUUGGAAGAAAAACCCACAACUGGAAGCAAACCACAACUGAAGACGAGGGAACAGCAACACGUGAAACAGCCCGAGGACUGAGAGAACCGACUGGAGAGAAACCUUCUGACUCAGAGUUUCCAUUGAUUCAGUCAGGAGAAAGAUUGGAGUUCACUUUAUUCUGUUCCACCAAUCAUGGGAAGUUCACAUCUACAGAUGCACUGGGUUGUCUGCACCACUCUCUGCAGGUUCCUGCGAUUAAGGAAAGUACAGUUCCCGUACCAGGCAGUGAUGCAACCAGUCAGGAUGCUCUCAAUUGUCUCCCUGUAGAAAGCUCUUAGGAUUUGCGGCCCAAACGAAGCUUCUUCAGCCAUCUGAGGUUGAAAAUGAUGAGGAAUUUGUCUACUGGAAUCUCAAACAGAUCAUGCCAGUUUUGCUGUCUCUGACCAGAUAUUUAAGAAUUGGAACAAGGGAUUCACUUCAUCUUCAUUCCUGUUCAGACUGUGGGGAGGGGAUUCACUUGAUCAUCUGACCGACUGGCACGCCUGUCAUUUUACAUGGGGGGAACGCAUUCACCUGCUCAGACAGUGGGAAUGGAUUCAGUCGGUCAUCUCAACUGAAGAUUCAUCAGCAAGUUCACACUGGGACAAGGCCAUUCACCUGUUCUGUGUGUGAGAAGGGAUCCAGUCGGUCUUUCCAGCUGUGGACACACCAGUCGGUUCACACUGGGCGGAGGCUGGUCAUCUGCUGAACUAGUCGGGAAAAAUCCACUCGGUCAUCUGACAUAAUGUCUCACCAGUGAGUUCACACUGGGGAGUGGCGGUUCACCUGCUCAGACUGUGGGAGGGGAUUCACUUGCUAAUCUGACCUAAUGGCUCAUCUGCGAGUUCACACUGGGGAGAGGCCGUUCACCUGCUCAGACUGUGGGAAAGGAUUCACUCGGCCAUCUGACCUAAAGGUACAUCAGCGAGUUCACAGUGGGGAGAGGCCGUUCACCUGCUCAGGCUGUGGGAAAGGAUUCACUCGGUCAUCUGACCUAAAGGUACAUCAGCAAGUUCACACUGGGGAGAGGCCGUUCACUUGCUCAGACUGUGGGAAGGGAUUCACUUCCUCAUCUCAACUGCUGAUACAUCAGCGAGUUCACACUGGGGAGAGGCCAUUCACCUGCUCAGACUGUGGAAAGGGAUUCACUCGGUCAUCUGACCUAAAGGUACAUCAGCGAGUUCACACUGGGGAGAGGCCGUUCUCCUGCUUGGUCUGUGGAAAGGGAUUCACUCGAUCAUCUGACCUAAAGGUACAUCAGCGAGUUCACACUGGGGAGAGGCCGUUCACCUGCUCAGACUGUGGGAAGGGAUUCACUUCCUCAUCUCAACUGAUGAUACAUCAGCGAGUUCACACUGGGGAGAGGCCGUUCACCUGCUCAGACUGUGGGAGGGGAUUUAUUUCCUCAUCUAACCUGAAGGUACAUCAGCGAGUUCACACUGGGGAGAGGCCGUUCUCCUGCUUGGACUGUGGAAAGGGAUUCACUCGGUCAUCUGACCUGAUGGUACACCAGCGAGUUCACAUUGGGGAGAGGCUGUUCACCUGCUCGGAAUGUGGGAAGGGAUUUACUCGGUCAUCUCAACUGAAGGUACAUCAGCGAAUUCACACUGGGGAGAGGCCAUUCACCUGCUCAUACUGUGGGACAGGAUUCACUCAGUCAUCCUCCCUAAUGAAACACCAGCGAGUUCACACCGGGGAGCGGCCGUUCACCUGCUCGGACUGUGGGAAGGGAUUCAUUUGCUCAUCUAACCUGAAGACACAUCAGCAAGUUCACACUGGUGAGAGGCCAUUCACCUGCUCAGACUGUGGGAAAGGAUUCAUUCGGUCGUCUUACCUAAUGGCUCACCAACGAGUUCACACAAGGGAGUGGCCGUUCACCUGCUCGGAUUGUGGGAAGGGAUUCUCUUGCUCAUCUCACCUACUGAGACACCAGUCAGUUCACACAAAGGAGCGGCCGUUCACCUGCUCGGACUGCGGGGAGGGAUUCACUCAGUCAUCUAAACUUCUGGUACACCAGCGAUUUUUCACUGGGGAGAGGCCAUUCACCUGCUCAGACUGUGGGAAGGGAUUCACUCAGUCAUCCCAACUGAAGGUACAUCAGUGAGUUCACACUGGAGAGAGGCCGUUCACCUGCUCAAACUGCGGGAAGGGAUUCAAUUACUCAUCCCAACUGAAGGUACAUCAGAGAGUUCACACCAGGGAGCAGCCAUUCACCUGCUCGGACUGCGGGAAGGGAUUCACAUGGUCAUCUCAACUACAGAGACACCAGUGAGUUCACACUGAGUAGAGGCUGAUCACCUGCUCAGACUUUGGGAAGAGAUUCUCUCAGCCAAAUCAACCAAAUGUGCAUCAUUGAGUUCACAAUGGGGAGAGGCCAUUCUCCUGCUGUGAAUGUGGGAAGUGAUUCACUCAGUCAUCUCAGCUUAUGUAACUCUCGCUUCGGCUAGCAGCUUAAUGCAGGGGGAGAUAGCCCCCAGCCCGGCCAAACUUGAGAGAUCUUGUUUGGGUGGAUGCUGUGUGAUGUGUCCCCUGUUACAGAUCAGUUUCCUGAAAUAACAAACAGUACACCAUAUGUGAUUAAACGAUUGUGCUUUAUAUUUCUUACUUUGACUAUAGGGUUAGUAAAGUAAACAGAGAAAAAUUGCACGCUCUCUCCAUUCACGUCUUCUCAUCUCUCCCUAGCGAAAGACCACAAAUUUUCUCUUCCAGACUCACAAGAAAGAAAUUUUCUCUCGUUGGAUUGCCCCGCACACCAAAUCCCUCUUAUAUCUAGUCCUACAGAGAAACCAUUACUUCAGCAUUGAAACAUUACAGAGAGGCCAUUACAUUAGCAGUGAAACAUUGCAGCAUGUUACACUUGUGACACACUACCGGGUUCACACUGGGGAGAAAGUUUAAAUGAGUUGCAUGCUGGAUAUUUGUCCAUCACUAUUGCUGAAUGCAAUUUUGAGAGUGACUGUCGGUGCUGAACUCUGCAAUUAUUGCUGCUGCUCAACACACCCAGUUCUGCAGCCUGGUCACUGGGCAUGGGAGGAGUUUCUUCUGCUGCACAUCCACCCUUAAUGGGACUGGAGUUUAAUAUUCUGGA